AUGAAAUUCUUAUUUGUUCUUUGUAUCUUCGUGGUAUUCUUCGUUGAGUUUGCAACCAGUACUCGUUGCAUUUGUAAAUGUUGUACAUCUAGUGGCUGUAGCGCUUCAACUUAUAGUGGCUCAACAACUCAUUCAUUCGAUUUAAGCAUUGUCUGCAGUGCUGUAACAUGUAAUCAAGCAUCAUGUUCAACAAAUUUUCUUGGUGCUUGUCCAAUAAUCGGUGCUGCUGGUGAUGUUGAUUCAACAUGUGGUGCAACAAGAUUAGCUAAGUACACUUUCAUGUAUCCAGUACCUUCUCGGAAAAAUCCGUUACGAAAUCGAACGUUUCGUAUCGACCAAGAAUUAUAUACAUUACUUGGUCCAAAAGGUAGUGGAAAAUUUGGAUCUGUUUGGGAAGCUGUUACACCAAAUGGUGAAUAUGCUGCUGUUAAAAUAUAUGAUUUUCAUCGUCGCGGACGUAAUAUAAAUUCAGCUCAAAUUGGACAAUCGUUUGAAGCUGAAGUUCGAAUGGCAUAUGCAAUGCGUCAUGAAACAAAUUUUGCUGUAACUAUGUAUGGUUUUGAUUUUGAUCCAGAACAACGUUUAGGUUUCAUGGCUAUGGAAUUGGGUGAUGAUUCAUUAAAAGAUAGAGCUCAAUAUCUUCAUCAAAUACGUGUCGAUUCAGGAAAACCUGGUUAUGAUUAUAUUUCAUCGACUGAUCGAAAGUAUAUAUGGGUUCAAUUAGUCGAAAUUAUUCUUGCACUUCAUCGACAUCGUAUCAUUCAUCGUGAUAUGAAACCAUCUAAUUUAGUAUUUUUUGGUCCAACUAUGAAAAUUGUAGAUUUUGGUUUAGCACAAAAAGAAUUUCAAGCACAUCCUAGACAUCAAAGAUUGAUCGGUGCUAUUUCCUAUAGUGCACCAGAAUGUUUAACAGGUGAAGCUCCUAUCACAACAAAAGCUGAUAUAUGGUCAGUAGGUGCUAUUCUAUAUUUUUUAACUUAUGGAGUUAAACCUCCGUACUGGACUGCACAACCACCAUCUGGUAUUCCACCAACUCGUUCUACACUUGUACAAGAUGUAAUUCAUCGUUGUCUUCAACGGAAUUUAUAUCGAAGAGCGGAUCAAAGUUGGCUUGCUCAACAUCCUUUGACGAGUGAUAGUACAACUGUUUAG